UGUAAGAACAUCUCACAACUUUGUCAUCUUGCUUUUGAGGCGGAAAUGAAGGAACGCUAAAAUGUCCUGAAUUAUUUUUCCUUUGCUAUGGCGGCCGAUGUCCUGCAACGUAUCCAUCCCGAAAUUGCAAAAUUUGCCGAAGCCGUGCUUAAUAAUGGAGGUAUUGGAGUUUGCGGUGAACUGCUGAAGAUUGUGGAGCCCAAGUCAAGUUUGUCUUUCAUUAACCCUCGUAUUAAAACAAGAUCCUGCGAUCGAUUCAAGGUUGUGGUUCCAUAUGCUGGUAGAACUCUAAAAUGGGAGGUAAUAUUUAACCAGAUGCAACCAGAUUUUCCACCAGAUUUUAUAUUUGGACCACAAGAUCAGGAAUUUGUACCAAAUAUUGAUAAAAUGGAGUCUCUUGAGAACUGGGACUGUAAUAAUCCUGAAAGCUUAGUAAAUCUGAUAAAAGAACUGAUCAGGGAGUACAAAGAACAUCAAAGAGAACAAGUGGAGAAAAUCCCGAGAAUCCACUUUGAAUACACCACACUUGCAGCUGACACCAAUUAUCCUGAAUUCGAAGUACAUGUUUUAAAAGGGCAACAGACAGACUCUGUUGUCAAUUUUAUGAUAAAGCUGCCAGUUGAUCUCACUGGAAUCCCGCAAUUUAUUAUAAGGGACUGUCCAGGUGAAGACAUGGCAUGCUUGUUUGUUUCUUAUGCAUCUCUUAAUGGAGAGAAUGUUACACCAACACUUUUGUUAUCACCCCGUGUAGAAAGAGCAUUUGGUGGGACCAGCAAUCUUCGUAUUCCUCAUUGGUUGGGGGUGAAUGGCUGCCUUCUGGAAUACCUACCUCUUAUCCAGGAACUCUUUGCACAAAAGGUGGAGCAAGUUUGUCAGGCAUUCCACAAAAGAAGGGAAUAUGUUGCAGCUUUCCUUAGUGCAUUUGGAAGUUCAGUGCUUGAGUAUGAUGCUGAGGGAUUCAUGAAGCUCUCCUUGCUGUUCAAAGUACAAGGAUUCUUUUGUAUUGUUCACAUUGAAUUAGACAAGAACUUUCCCCAAGAAGCGCCACUAUUUUACCUCCAGUCGAUUUACCACGAAAAAAAUAACCAGCCGUACGAAAAACUGGAAGCGGGUUACCCCUACAGUCCACGGUGGUCUGGGGACGAGAUGGCGGAAAGAGCUAGAGCUUUCCUGUUGGAAAAGAUACCAGCUUUUAAGGACGCUUCAUUAAGUAACGCCAAAUUUUAACCUUAACACAAUACAAAAGUCAAGGAGUUUUUGUGGAGCGAUCGUUCUAAGAUUCUGGCCACUAUGGCGAAAUGUUGCUGAGUCGGGAUUUAUGAAGAAACUCUCCUCAGUCACUGAACGAACUCAUCAAGUGGCUCAUACAAAAGCGUUAGAUAGUAAUCGUAGAUCAGAUCACUCUCGACGGGCUUGAUGGUUGUUGGAGCGGAAUAAAAAGAAGUGUGCAAGCAUGCCCUCAUUAUAAGCGCUCCAGAACGUGCGUUUCUCCGCCCGCCGGGAAGAUUUGAGACGAGUUGGAAAGGGUUUUCCGAGGGUCUGGCACAAAUAAUUAGUGCCAGACCCCUUACAGACCUCUCACCGGCGCGCGUUGCUCAAGGGCUUUAAGUGCUUAUAUUUUCGAGCGGCCGAAGAAAUGCACGUGCCGAAACGCUUGUAACGAGGGCCUGGCCACGAGAUGAUUUAUAUAGGGGACUUCAAAUAAGAUUCUCUUUUGACAUUUUCUCCCUAAACAGAGACGCAUGUAGUAAGUCUCGCUUUGUUGAAAUUUUUAUAUCGCUUUGUUUGGUUCUUUUUUGUUUGUUUGUUGUGUUUGUUUGUCUGUGCGUUUGUUUUGUUUGUAAAGAGAUAAACUAAAUUGAAAUACAUGCAAACGUUUAAUUGGCCAUGAACCACGAUUAAUUUUCCCUUUGGUCACAUUGCUCACUUUCUCAAAAAAGACCAACAUAUGCUGCCAUGCAGUAUCAUUAUUUCUCAUGUCAUUCCGUACUUUCUGAGAGUAUAAACGGCUUGCUUCUAAUCAUAAACAUCGAAGAAGAACGAGUAAAGAAUUAAAGAUGCCCUCACCAACAUAAACAAGAUUAUUUCUCCCGCGUUUCCCCUUCCCCUCAAAAACAGAUCAGCUUAGUUUUCUGACGUCUCCUCUUCCCUGAAAAACUGAUGAGAUUAGUUUUCACACGUUUCCCCUCCCCUCAAAAACUGAGAUUAGUUUCUCGCGUCCCCCUUCCCCUCAAAAACUGAUGAGUUUAACUUUCACACGUUUCCCCUCCCCUCAAAAACUGAGAUUAGUUUCUCGCGUCCCCUUUCCCCUCAAAAACUGAUGAGUUUAGUUUGCCUGCGUCUCCCCUACCCCAAAAAACGGAUGAGGUGAGUUUUCCCGCGUUUCCCCUCCCCUCAAAAACAGAUGAGUUUAGUUUUCCUGGGUCUCCCAUUCCCUCCAAAAUUGAAGGCAAAUCUCCACAGAGAUCCUUACAGCACCCGAUUGGUUGUU